CGCUCAGUUAGAAAGGUGACUAUGCCAAGAAGACAGGAGGUAUCGAGCACGCCUCGCCUGUGUUAUACUCGCAGUCACCUUUCUCUCCUCGUGACCGUAGCAUAUGUUCUGCGAAUGUCCAUGGCGUAUUCGCGGCUUUUCUAAUAACGGCGCUGCACUGCGGCUUUCGUAGGCGCAUCUCGUUCGGCGCGAUUCGAAAGAAGAAGAAAAAAAAAGAAAUUUAGAGUGCGACAAUCGCCCGAGGAUCAGUUCGCGUCGUCUGAAUUCGGACGCGGACCGAGAGCGAGUUUAAAUUUCGCGCCGAAAGAAAGCGCGCCGAUUCCGCUCGUUCCGGAGUUCAGUCGGGAAGUGAGAGUCGCCGCGAACAAGGAGUCGAAUAACAUCGCCGCUGAUCGAUCGCCCUUCAUCCCCCGGGAAUCAGGAGUUCCUGAUUGUGAUCCUGCACCAAUCCUUCGUCAACCAGGAGGCAAGAUGAUAAUCGUGAACAGCGUAUUGCUGAUUUUAGCGGUCGUGUCGAGAGUGGGAUGCCAACGAAAUACUCCGAGAAGCGCAAGAGCUAGCAGAAAUGAGGCCUUAGAAUUCGAAUGCCCUGAAGAAUUUGGAUAUUAUCCUCAUCCGCGCGAUUGCACGCAAUAUUACGUAUGUGUUUUCGGUGGCGCCUUGCUGGAAUCAUGUACGGGAGGCCUUAUGUACAGUCACGACCUGCAAACGUGCGAUUGGCCGCGAAAUGUAGGCUGCCCGGAAGGAGACUCGUCUAACAAGGAGGCCGAGGAGGAUCCCCUGUUAGAGAGAUCCGCGAAACUCGAGACUUUGCAGGAUCAAGAACAGCAGCAACGACAGCAGCAGCAACAACAAUUACGAGACCAACAACAACGAGAGCAACAACAACGACCGAUCCAGAGGCAGCCGGUCGCGGUUACGAGCACGUCAUCGCCGGUCUCGCAGAUCACCGAGAGGCAGUUGAGACAGCGGCAACAUUCCAGGACGAGUUAUCACGAGGACGAGUACGGUCCCGCGUCGGAGGUCGAGAAUGAUCGACAGCAACGAGUGUACCGGGGACAACCUUCUACAAUCGGUCAGGUGCAACGCGACCGCGAUGGUCUGCGCCGGAAUAUAAUCUCGGAGAGAGAAAAGGAUAGCCUGAGCGCACGUGCCCAAGCCGAGACUCAUUACAGAACCUCUGUUCCAACCUCUGAAUCGCCAAGACUUGCCAAAACUCUGGCCUCGACUGUCGCGCCGGUUCUAUCUAAGGCUUACUAUAACGAUCCAGAUCAAAGUUAUCCGUAUUAUACAAUUUAUGAUGACGACGUUUCUAUUUACAAGGAUGAUGAUUACAAUCAAUAUACUAUUAAUCAAUCAGUGCCGGUGCAGCAGCCAAACGUUAAAAUUAGCGAAGUGAGCACAAAGCAAUACCAGAAGCCGAAAAAGGUUGCCGUGAACGAGGCCGAAAAGUACAAUCUUAAUCAGGACGUCCAAGAUUAUGAUAUUUACGAAAAUCAGGCUCAGCUCAAUAAAAACAAGUUCCGCAUAUCUGACGGUCAACAGUUCAGGACAAACGUGCUCAGUCAUUCCGUGGGACACGUAACAACACCAAACGUCAUUGUUGAUACCUUCAUACCAUUAACUACGAGCACGCAAACUCCCAGCACGACCAGCAGACCUUACACCGUCAACGCGCCGAGCCGAGGUCGACCGCAGCAGAUCCAUCGGGGCACGGCACCGCCACGAUCUCGACCUACUUUGAAGCCAUCCACUGAGAUAGUUUCAAAGGCGCAGGAGUUUAUUGACAUCUACAGGUAUCCUCCAGUGAGACCGGCGACGAUUUAUCCGACGCCUCAAGUAGACAAACCAGCGGCAAAGUGUCGUAAAGAUGUCUGCUUGCUUCCGGAUUGUAACUGCGGAGGCGCCGAUAUUCCAGGUGGUAUUCCGGUCGUGCAGACGCCGCAGAUUGUUCUGCUUACUUUCGACGACGCCGUAAACGACCUUAACGCACCUCUGUACAGCGAUCUGUUUGAAAACGGCCGUAAGAAUCCGAACGGCUGCCCGAUUUCAGCGACUUUUUACGUCUCGCACGAAUGGACAGAUUAUACCCAGGUGCAAAAUCUCUAUGCAGACGGCCACGAAAUGGCGUCUCACACUGUCUCGCACAGUUUCGGUGAGCAAUUUUCGGCGCGAAAGUGGGCGCGAGAAGUUGCUGGACAGCGUGAAAUUUUAGCUGCUUACGGAGGCGUCAAGCUGGAGGAUGUCAGAGGAAUGAGAGCUCCUUUCUUAUCGGUCGGAGGAAACAAUAUGUUCAAGAUGCUGUGGGACACAAACUUCACAUACGAUUCUUCUAUGCCAAUUUACGAGAAUCGACCGCCCAGUUGGCCGUACACGCUAGAUUACAAGCUCUUCCACGACUGCAUGAUACCACCCUGUCCCACGAGAUCCUAUCCAGGAUUGUGGGAAGUUCCUAUGGUAAUGUGGCAAGAUCUCAAUGGAGGUAGGUGCUCCAUGGGAGAUGCCUGCAGCAACCCGCCGACUCCGGACGGCGUGUACAAGAUGCUCAUUAAGAACUUCGAGAGGCAUUACACGACGAACAGGGCGCCUUUCGGCCUGUUCUACCACGCCGCGUGGUUCACUCAGCCACAUCAUAAAGAAGGCUUUAUAUCGUUUCUCGAUACCAUUGUCACGAUGGACGAUGUAUGGAUAAUUACCAAUUGGCAGGCCAUACAAUGGAUCAGGAAUCCAACGCCUCUGGCACUUUUGCACACGUUUGAACCUUUUGGAUGCCAUUAUCCGGACCGACCCAAGAAGUGCAAUAACGCAAAGGUCUGCAAUCUUUGGCACAAGAGCGGCGUGAGAUAUAUGAAGACGUGCCAAGCAUGCCCGGACAUUUAUCCCUGGACAGGCAAGACUGGUAUACGUAGCAGCCGCAUCGACAACGAGGUCGACGCCCACGAAUGAGCGGACGGAAGUUUAGAACUUCGUUGUGAUCGGGGAGAGUCCCGGAUCGGACGAAAAUCCAGAGCAACACGAACGUUCAAAAGAUGCGAUUGAGGGGGUCUAAAUACAAUCUUAAUCCCUUUCACGGAUAUUAUUUAGAUAUAGAUGCAAACAGCAUCCGAAUCUUUUACGCGGAUGUGUUUUAGACGUUUUUUAAACAUACUGCCUUUUAGAUAUUUUGACUUAUUUAAAUAUCUAUCUUUUGGAUUUUCGCGUUGUUCGGGGAUGCGGCAAUGUGCGCGAAAAGGGGAGACACUCUUCUAUUCGGGCAAAUAAUUUCGAGUAUUACACGCGUGUGUCCCAAGCGGACACACAUUCGGGCCGAGUACGCCGAUGCAAGAGUUCUACACUGAAAAAUUUGCAAAAUUUUUACAUCCACGAUGGAUUGUAUUAAAUUUAUCUAUAAUUGCUCUAGAUUUUUAACCAAAAAAUCAUUAUAUUUAUCAGCAAUAAGGUUUUUGGACGAAAAUUUUAUUGGUAGUAGUUUCGAAUUUGUUUUGAAAAGAGAAAAAACAUUUAGUGUGCAAAGGAAUAAUUUAUAUAAACCUUUGUAUUGCUACAGUUUUCUCAAUUUCCUCUGAGCAAUGUGGAAUUUUGGCCGAUGCUAUAAGUGUAUAAAACGACGUAGUGUUGAAUCUCGGAGAAACGUGCGUAUGUAGGGUAAAUUAAAUUAAAUUAAUUAAAAUUAUUAUCGCGAUAAAAUUGUGCGUGUAAAGUCGCGUAGAGAAUAGCUAAAGUGUACACGUCUUUUUCUAUCUCUUUAAAAAUCAACGAAGAAAUCGAUCAAAAGAUCGAUCGGACGCACCUUCCUUUCCACUUUUCUUUCUUGUGGUCUCCCCUCAAUUUUUUUCUUUUGUAACUUUCCUUUUCUUUUUUUUUCUUUUUCAUUCUUUACUCUCUUAAAUUCGCAAACAUCCUUGGCGUACUCGGCCAAAUUCGGCCAAAUAGAGCAAUUAAUUAAAUCACAGUACGUAAUAAUUAAUCAUCGAGAUGUAUGCGUAAACAUCGGUCACCGAAGAUAUUCAUAUUUAAGUGAAUUCGUGACACUACGUCGCGAUUGAAAUUUAUCAUGCGUGGCCACUUUGUAGAAAAAGGGAAAGAAUCGAGGAAAUUUCGCCUUGACGAAGUAUCGUGCGCACGAAGGGAUCGUCGUGUUUAUCUUUUAGAACAUAAAAAUGUAAUAUGCCUUUAAUAAAUAAAUAUUUCGCUACAACAUCUAC